AUGCACAAGCAGGUUCCCUUCGUGGUGCGUUUUCACUCGAGAUUGUUUCAAAUCAUCGGUUGCUGCGAUGUUUCGUGGCAGACACAGCCGCGAGAGAAGAGACUUGCCGAACAACGCUUAGUGGCCUGGACCGUUCUAGUUUUGCUAAUAUAUUCUUUCGUCUUCAUAAAUACCUUUGUACAUCCGUCGGCUUUCCUCUUCACCAGUGAAAGUUUUGGUUACUUCGUAGAUGCGCUAAAAGUUUGCUUAGCUUACGUUACGGUGGCCAUCAUCUAUACGGAGACGGUGUUGCGUCGGCAUGCCUUACAGCACUUCUGGCAGAGAUAUGCGUUGCUAAAUCCAGCAUCAAAUCAACAAGUUGAACCAAUGAAAAUUGAUUGGCGCUCACAGUUGAGAGCAUAUCAUCGAUUUCUCUACGUCUUCUACGGUAUAACAGUGUUUGAUUUGAUUUUAGAGAUUAUAUAUUACGUUAUGCGUGCGAAGGACGAUCAUAUGCUACAGUUUUUGCUUAUGUUCACACCCUAUACAUAUAUGAUACAUUUGCGGAAUAUGCAAAUCAUAUUCCAUAUUGUGAUUAUAAAUCAUGAACUGGUGAAAUUGCGCCACGACAUUGGCCUGCUGGCGGAGUAUACCCGAUUUACACGUAACACAAUGCCUUUCGUGGGUUUCGAAGAUUUCGUACGUCAAAAGCUAGCUGAGAAGCAGCUGAUAUAUCAACGUAUCUAUGAAAUGUGCGACUACUUUCAACAGGCCCUUGGCAUUUCAACCAUUGCUGUCCUUCUCAUGACGUACGUCCGUUUAGUCGUCGACGCAUACUUCACGCUGUACUCGUUUCACACGAAAACCCAGCCUGAGUAUAUAGAAAAUUUAUUGCUGCUGCCGGCGUACUUAGAGAUUCCAGCACUUUUAUUGACCUCACAAAAGUGCAUGAACGAGGUGAAGUUCAUAGCAUUUGAACUGCAUAACAUUCGGAGCUCCGUGGAUAACUCACUUAUAUCGAUUCAGAUACAAAAUUUCUCGCUACAAAUAUUACAUCAGAAAAUUCGUAUUGAUGGUUUGGGUAUAUCCGCUUUGGAUGGAAAAAUGCUAGUCAGUAUUGUGGGCUCUAUAACAACGUACAUGGUGUUUUUCAUACAAUUUAUGCCGAAAUUCAAAAAUUUAUAA